UUCACUUGACCCUGAUCUCGCCAUACACCCGUGAUCUCCAAAACAACACAACAAAGUGGCGCAAAGAAACAUGGCGAGCGCCGAGGAGUCACGAAGAAGCCCCUCCGUCACACCUUCUUCGGUAGGCCUGGAGUCCCUGUUUCCCACCGGCACAUCGGAGCACUCUUGCGGCGAAGGGAACCCGGAGCUCGAGCAACUGCGGGAGCUCCUUCAAGACUGGCUUUUGCCGUACGAGCCUGUGCUGCUGUGGCUUCAGCGGCUGCUGGUGUGGGAGAGGCCGCUGUGCAGCAUCUCGGUCGCGCUCACGCUAAACACGUUAUUCUGGCUCCUAUCUUACACUUCCCUGCGCCCGCUCUUCCUGUUGAGCGUGUCCCUCCUCGGGCUGAUGCUGCUGGAGAGAUGGAAGCCCAAGUUCCUCAAUGUCACUAUUCCACGGGUCGAGGUUUCUCCCAUUCAAAGCGAAUCGAUGAGCACAAAGCAGCGUCUGCUCAGCGUUCCUGAGCUCAGUCACCACCUAGCGGAAAGUUACCUGACGUGCUGUCUGUUCCUGCACGAGACACUACAGUACAAACGACAGAAUCACGGAAAGUUCUGCGCCAUGACGUGCAGCGGCUGUUUUGCACUGGCAGUUGUCGGACAUUACGUGCCAGGAAUCAUGAUCUUUUAUAUUUUAGGUAUUAGUGUGAUUUUGUGGCCACUUGUGGUGUACCACGAACUGAUCCAACGGAUGUACACCGGCCUGGAGCCCAUUCUGAUGAAACUGGACUACAGCAUGAAGGGAGAGACCGAGCACCGCAAGCACGACAAGAGGAAGGUGAAGAAAGAGGUGGAGGAGGGUGACGAGCCACGAGCCGAAACAGAGAGCGAAAGUGAGGAGGAGCUCUCCUGUUUUGCCCCAACGGUGGAUGUCAAGACGACGGCCCUGGCGAUGGCCAUCACUGACUCGGAGUUGUCUGACGAGGAGGCUUCCAUAUUGGAGAGCGGCGGAUUCUCGGUGUCCAGAGCCACGACCCCCCAACUGACGGAUCUCUCUGAAGACCUGGAUCAGCAGAGUUUACACAGUGACCCAGAAGAGUCCUAUCUUCGGGAUCUGCCCGAGUUUCCCUCUGUCGAAGAGUUUCCGUCCUUGGAGCACAACCUCCUCCGCUUUCCAUUACAAGGCUCGGGCCAAGGUGAAAGGUCGCAGGCGAGCGCCCCCGCAGAGGCUGAAGCCUUGAGCCCCGCCAGCCUCUUCAUCCAGCACCUGGCAUCCCCGCUGCACUUUGUGAACACUCACUUCAACGGCCACGGGAGUCCACCUGGCGGUGAGGUGGCCACAGGGGAAGGAGCAUCGGGUCAGGGAGGAGAGGAGAAGGGCGCUGCCGUUACCCAGGGUGCACAUCGCUCACUCGAGGCCCUAAGUGAGCAGAUUGUGAGCACGGCCAUCUCCACUGUGGUGCAGAACACUUUGUCAGCGCUGCUACGCUCCAGUGAGGCCAGCGAGGAGCCCCUCCUGGCUGAGUUCCUCCCUCACGAAUCUCCCCCUGGCAUUAUGGAGACCUUCGCCCAACCCACUGACGCCGCGACGGUGCCCGAUGAGGACUUGGAGACGAUAACCACAGAGAGCGCCGCCGGUGAUGACAUACGCGAUGAUACACUGGUUGUUACCGAGGAAGAGGAUUUUGAGCUUCUGGACCAAAGUGAACUCGAGCAAGCGGAUGAGGAGCUGGACUUAAGCCCUGAAAGACUGUUGGUAGGGGAAGCCUCAGGACCUCCGCAGCAUCAGUCAUAGCUUCUCGUUUGGCCCUCCCCCUCCCUGUCUAAUCCAAUGUGUUUUGCUUUUAAUGUGUCCAUUACAAUAACAUCAUACACACCAGUACAUCCAAAAGGUUCAUCAAUUUGUCGGUGCCUGACGGCAGCAUGAGCUGUCAGCGUUUCCCAUCUGGCAUCUAAGCGUUGAAAUUGCUUUGUAAGCAAAUUCCAAACCUGCUGUCAGAAGCAGAUGUCUGUCCAGAUGUUGUUGUUACAGAGAUUAGGACUACAAUGCAGUGAGAAUGCCCUCGAAAUUAUUUCAAUUAACUCUUAGAUUGCUAUCUUUAUCUGAGAGGGAAUUCAGAUUUGGACUGGAGUUUUCUUUUAAUUGGGCACAUUGAAUCACUUUCACUUGUUGCCUGGAAACAGAAACUUUGUGUUGGAUGUUGGAAAAAAAUUUCUACCCACACAACAUAAGGGAAUUUAAGUAGCUUUGCUGGGCAAGUCAAAUCUCGGUUGAUGAAAAUUCUCAUUGCUCCAGGUGACGUCAAGUUCUUCUAGUCAUCUUCACCAACUCACCACGACGAGUGCAUUGCAUGUACAUGUACUAACCAUGUUCCAUUGUCCGGUUCAGAGGUCAAAAUGUUUUUGCUUUAACCACUCAGCAUCCAAAUCUCAGAGGGCAGGGUGUACAAAUUUGGUCUCAGCGUUGUGUUCAUUUCCAGACUUGUCCUUGUGAACUGUAUUUGUACUAACUUCCCAGUCUACCAGCCUCCCUGUGUAUAUUGUAGAAAUGAUAUAUAUUUAAAAAAAACAAA